GGGGAGGCGUCAGACUGAGCAGCGCAUUUUACUGGAGCUCUCUGUGUACUACUUUCAUAUUUGACACUGGGAAGCGUGUGAAAACAUCAGGAUCCUGGAUGUACCUGCAAAACCAACGUCUUUCCUGGAACACAUGGUGGAAAAUGAAACACCUAAAUGCAAAACUUUUCAUUUAACAGGAGCAGUGUUGACUGGAGCUUGUUGAAUCUGGAUUGUUGACAUGGCAGUUGACGCGGCCUCCAGUUUUACUUUCUGCCGCCCUGCAGUGGAGUACAGGGCCCUUCCAGAGGACUUUAAGUACCAGCUGAGCCGUUGCGCAGGUGGAAACCUCACCUGGCACGAGGGGCACAACCGCAAAACAGCAGGUGGCCGAAUGGUCAAAUUGCUACAGCAGCCUGGAACUGAAGGAGCGCAGUUACGUUCAGGCGAAUCUUACUCUGUUUACCAUACCAGCCCCACCUUGCCGUGUCUCUCCAGACCAGUGGUCCUGUGGUCUCAACAGGAUGUUUGUAAAUGGCUAAAAAAACACUGUCCACACAAUUACUUGACCUACGUGGAGGCUUUUUCCCAGCAUGCUAUUACAGGUCGUGCUCUCUUGAGACUGAAUGGUGAGAAGUUAGAGAGGAUGGGUUUGGUUCAAGAGACCCUGAGACAAGAGCUUCUCCAGCAAGUCCUACAAUUACAAGUACAAGAAGAGGGACGCAACUUACAGCUGCUCAGCAGAGGGCUAUCUGAAAACCUGUCAUAGCUUUAGCCAUGCGUGGGGCAGGUCUACCAGGCUGGUUGCUCUCUGAAGCAGCAUCAGAGUGCCUGGGGUUUAAGGCCAGAGACGUUUGACUGAAGCUGUCAGAGGCUGGGACACAAAGACACAGGGACAGCCUUCAGUUAUGCUACUUAACUCCCACAUUCUUACUAUGCCAGAGGAACUCGGACCAGAUUUAUAAAAGGAACUGUUGAGUUAUCUACCCUCAAAAUACAAACGUCAAAUGUGGAGUCCUAAUCCUUAUGUCUAAUAAUACUGGACCCAGUGUGCUGCACCAAACUUUUCUUCAUUUUGAUGCAACAACCUGACUUGUUGGAGAAUUGAAUCUGGAAAGUCUGAUGACCUGAUGUAAAAGCUACAUUCUAGAAUGACCUACAGUAGAUGACUGAUGAUAUUGACCGAUAACACAAAAGUUUUGAAGGCUUAUGAUGACUGUUUGUUCACAGAAAACCGGUUUCUACACUUAUGCUGGAAUGUGACCUUACCAGACGUGCCCUCAAACGGAAGACUGUGGUAUUAGGCAAAAUGUAUGCGGUUGAAUUCCUGCAGGUGUUCCAGGAAUCGAACUGUGCUGCCUGCAUCUGACUAUAGGUUACAGCAUUGUUGGGACUUUUCCUAGAGCUAAGAAAUAAACUGGUUCCCAACAAGCAAACAGCACACAAAAAGGGAACCUGUUUUGUAGAAUUCCGGUAUCAACAUCUUUCUAUCUUUCUUGGUCUUGGAAAAAAAUUCCUGAACAUCCCAUUUUGGUUUAGAUUCAAAGGAACACGGCAAUUUUUUGGGAUUUUAGCUUAUUCACCGUAUCCCCAGAGUUAGAUGAGUCCAUACAUACCUUUUUCCUCUCCGUGUGUGUG